UUUGAUCUCUAACGAACGACGAUGAGAUGUCGCCAUCGCAAGUGUCUGAAAACUUCCAUAUUGAAUGACGUGUCCCACCGGUUCCCCUCUACCAUUACCUAACCAUUCCCCCUGUAUAUUUAACCUCCCGCCAACGCCCCUUCCCCAAACCAGGAAAAGAAAAAGAAAAAAACAAAGGCAAAAACUCCCGUUACCAAACACCCACCCAAUUCCCCUGUUCCUCCCUCCGCCGCCGCCUGAAUCCCCGCAUUUCCUCCCGUUCAGGCGACGGUGGUAGACAUGGAGCCUCAAAACAACCACCACGGCGAUCAAUUCAUCUUCCGCUCCAAGCUCCCGGACAUCUACAUCCCCCAACACCUCCCUCUCCAUUCCUACUGCUUCGAGAACAUUGCCCUGUUCGCCGACAAGCCCUGCCUCAUCGACGCCGCCACCGGAGCCACCCACACCUACGCCGAUGUCGACCUCACCGCCCGCCGCGUCGCGGCGGGCCUCCACAACGAGCUCGGGAUCCAUCAGGGCGACGUCAUCAUGCUCCUCCUCCAGAACUCCCCUGAAUUCGUCUACGCCUUCCUCGCCGCCUCGCACCUCGGCGCCGUCGUCACCACCGCGAAUCCUUUCUACACCCCGGUCGAAAUCGCCAAGCAGAUCGCCGCCUCGAAGGCCAAGCUCGUGAUCACGCACUCCAAUUUCGCCGAAAAAAUCAAAUCGGAAGUGAAAAUCGUCACGAUCGACGAUGCUCUGUUUUUCAAAUUCUCGGAUCUGGUGAAGGAGGGCGAAAUCGAACCGAUCCUCCCCGCGGUGAAGAUAAAUCCCGACGACGUGGUGGCGCUGCCGUAUUCUUCGGGGACGACGGGGCUGCCGAAGGGCGUGAUGCUGACGCACAGGGGGCUGGUGACGAGCGUGGCGCAGCAGGUCGACGGCGAGAAUCCCAAUCUGUAUUUCCAUCGGGACGACGUGAUCCUCUGCGUUUUGCCGUUGUUUCACAUCUAUUCGCUGAAUUCGAUCAUGCUCUGCGGGCUGAGGGUCGGGGCGGCGAUUCUGAUCAUGCCGAAAUUUGAGAUUGGGGCUCUGGUGGAGCUGGUCCAGAGGUACAGGGUGACGAUCGCGCCGUUUGUGCCGCCGAUCGUGCUCGCGAUCGCGAAGUGGCCGGAGAUCGAUCGGUACGACUUGUCGUCGAUUAGGAUGGUGAUGUCCGGCGCGGCGCCGAUGGGGAAGGAGCUCGAGGAUGAUGUCAGGGCGAAGCUGCCUAAUGCCACACUUGGUCAGGGAUACGGAAUGACGGAGGCCGGGCCCGUGCUGUCGAUGUGCUUGGCAUUUGCCAAGGAGCCGUUUGAGAUAAAGUCCGGCGCCUGCGGGACGGUGGUGAGGAACGCCGAGAUGAAGAUCGUCGAUCCGGACACCGGCGCGUCACUUCCCCGGAACCAGUCCGGCGAGAUUUGCAUUCGAGGCAGCCAGAUCAUGAAAGGCUACCUGAACGAUCCGGAGGCGACGGAGAACACGAUCGACAAGGAAGGAUGGCUACACACCGGCGACAUAGGCUACAUCGACGACGACAGCGAGCUGUUCAUCGUCGACAGGCUGAAGGAACUGAUCAAGUACAAAGGGUUCCAAGUUGCUCCGGCGGAGAUAGAAGCCAUGUUGCUCGCCCAUCCCAAUAUCUCCGACGCCGCCGUUGUCCCGAUGAAAGACGAGAGCGCCGGAGAGGUCCCCGUGGCAUUCGUGGUGAGAUCGAACGGUUCCAAAAUCAGCGAGGACGAGAUCAGACAGUACAUCUCGAAACAGGUGAUAUUUUACAAGAGAAUCAGUCGGGUGUUCUUUACAGACUCCAUUCCCAAAGCUCCAUCGGGGAAGAUUCUGAGGAAGGAUUUGAGAGCCAGGCUGGCCGCCGGUGUUCCCGCUUGAUUUUUCGAUGUUUAAUAUAUAGAGAUAUGUUGUAAUUUCUCGUUGUGACAAUGCAAUUUGGGGACUUGUAAUGUUUAAUUAUGGAGGGGUGGUUUUCAUUUUUGAGGAUGUAAAUUGGGUGAGAAGGUUGGUAAAUGGAGGUAUUAAUCAUAUAUGUAAUCAAACUUUUUUUUUUUUUUUUUUUUGGUAAUAUGGUGUUCUUUCUGUGAUGUUGAAGAGCAUGCUAGUUGACUUUCAAGUGGCUUGUUUCGUUCAAAUUAUACUAGGUUUUAGUUUUCAUAAUAAUAAUCUGAUUAAAUUGGGCAGCCCGCACUACGUGCUACAACUGGAGCAAGGAUGUUAGUGAUGGGCCGGACCUGCAGCAAGGCCCAUAAAAAUUUGUUAAUGGGGCAGAGGAUUGACAACCCAUGGGCCAUGUCCUCUAAUUAAAGGACGGAGUAAUUUCAGGAGAUGAGCAGAAUCGGUAGUUAAUCGUUUUAUUUUAUCCUUUAAUUAUAAGGUUAAAUUUUGUCAUUCGUAUCCACGAAAAGUAGAGCUAACUUUAUAACAAAUCAUUUUUUUGCUUUCUGUGUUCAUCAAUGAUAAUGAAAUAGUCAUUACAAAACAUUUAAAAAUUUCGAUGUCUCAUUUAUGCUUAAUGGAAUUAAGGCUCAUCUUAUCACUGAUUUUCGUUUUGUUUUCACGUUAUAUGAUCACUCAUAACGAGAAAUUAGUCAUUAUUGAAAAGUAUUGAACAAUAUCAAUCGACAUUUGAUUCAAUACUUACGAUGGUAUUAAUAAAUUUUUUAACAUUAAACUUUGAGAGCCGGAUUACUGAAUUAUGGAUUUUUUUAUUUGUGAUGAUGAUGAGGACUAUUUUGCAUUAAAAGAAGAACAAAAGAGUACCAUAUAUGCAUUUGCAUACUUUUCAAGGCGAGACAGGCAAAUCUUCUGAGUAUUGGAUUCCGAACCAAUUGGAGUUCAGUCAAAUUAAGCCGCAUCCUGCCAAUUAAUGACUCACUUAAUCCCAUGUGGAGUCCAAAUUAAAGUAUUUGUAGUUAACCAAAUUGUCUUUCUACACUUCUUAUGGACACUUGUCCUGCUGCUGAGUCAGGUUGAUUGUGAUGAAGGUGAGAAGUAACCAGGAAAGAGCUAGCCUAGCUAUUUGGUACACUUAAUCAUAAUGUCUAAAGAUAUAUUGAUAUAUAAAUUACUAUAAAACAAAUUGAUGACUACAUUCACAUAUGAAGGGGAAUGAAUGAUGUAUAAGAUUUAUUCUCUUCAAUCUCACUUUUAUCAAUAAUUCGAGUUAUGAUAUCAAUUGGACUUUCGACAAUGAUUAUUAUUAAUUAGAGUUUCUCUGAUACCAAACCUCUCCCUCAUGCAAUGCUGUAAACUAAAUCAAAUCGAGUGAAUGGUCACAUUUCGCUUGGAUGUAGGUCGUUGGUACACAGUUGUACGCAUUUAGUUGCUUUCAAAUGAUUUAGUUUCCGCACACGCGACAUUAUUCAAGAAUUAACGCAUUGCUGUUUGUCAAUCCCCAAUCAUAGAUACUAUAUUCAAGCCUGAUAAAUCAUAAUUAAUACACUUGAAUUGUUAGAAACGCAAAAUAACGAAUUUUAUACCUUUCCUUUAUUUGUCAUGUCCAAGUACAAGCACAUAUAUGUAAAAGAACAACAACAAAAAAAGUAGGGCAUCUUAUAUAAUUAAUUUCUCUAUUUGACUGAUGAUUUAGUCUUGUUUUUUUUUUUUCAUUUGAGCUCUGUGGAAUGGAUCAGAGAGGGAAUUAAUGUUUCCUCGAACCCAAGUAGAUUGGAAUCUUCAUUGGUGGCUGAUUGCUAUAAACCUAACCUCCCCCUCUAUAUCAUCGUAUGAUUCUUAAUUAUUGUCAUAUCAUCAUUUCUUCAUAUAUAUUCAUGCAUGGGUUUUGUCAAGUUGUUGUUGUUUUGUUCAUGUUGUGUUGUGUUUUUCGUUAACAGAACACACCGGUCGGCGCAAUCAUAGCCGACUUGUAAGAUUUUUGAUCCCCUCCACCACCAUCAUCAUCACGUUCAUAAUGCAUCAUUAGUCUCAUGAUUGGUCGCCUUAAGACAAUAAUCAAUUUGGUCUAAUGGGAGAUGAACCUAUAGAAAAAGGAAGAGAGGGGGAAACUACCUGAGCCUAAUGGUUGGCAUAAAAGGGGAUUCAUGUCCCUUGUUACGUUGGAUAUUUUGCGCCAAAAUUACUCUCAUGAUAGAAGUACGUAAACUAUAGCAUUCCAACCAAAAGGUACAACAUGGAGGACGCAACUUGCAACAACGUUAAUGCGACCGAAGAAGUGUCUCGUUUUUUUCAUAUAAUGAGCAUCGGCAUCGAUGUUUUGGGUCACUAACGAAGUAGCCAAGGAUCCGGCUCUGGCGUUUAAUGAAUUUCUCACCAAAAGUUUGAGCUAAUUACCUAAGUCGGUAACAAUUUACUCGAACUAAUAUUGCAGAAAGUUAUCCAACUGAUACAUGGUGGAUAUUGAUCAAAUUAAUAUUGUGUGGAACAAUUUAUGGGUCAGAAUUCAAGAACAUACAUAACUUGAGCUAGUAAACAUUAAUUGAGAACAGAAACACAGAGUGUCUGUUCAGAGUGGAGCAGAAUGGAUAUUAUAAUUAAGUUUUCAAAAACUAUGGUCUGCUGUCCAACAGGUUUCAUAUCUCAAGCACCGCAUGUGAUUUGCAGAGAAGACAUAGCAGCAGCAGAAGAAGAAGAUGAUGAAUAUAUAGAUGAUUCAUAGGAGUCAGGAGCAAGACAGGUAUUUUUUUAAUCUGAAACCUCGGUGCCUCAAUAAUUUAUAGAUCGAGUGGAAAGGGUAAAAUUAUGGAGGACAGCAACCCCAAUCUGCCGCUCCCUUGUGGGCGCCAUUAAGAACACACCACAAUAAACUAAAAUAAAAAUUUGAAGAGUUUUGAGGGAAUUGUUUUGAAAAGGGAUGUCGAAUUCGAAAAACGUAUCGAUCACGCUCACACAUAAGUCAGUUUAAAUGAAUUCCAAUUAUCGAGUUUGAUGCUUGCAAGGAAUUAGCAUACACACAAAGUUCAAAUCAAAGAGUUCAUAUUCAUUAGGGGGACAUCAUCAUUGCAAUUUAGUCAGGUAAUGUUUGGAUCAUUAUGGACUCAUAUACUAUGUGGAAGAAUGGGCUAGUCGUACUAAUUUGAGAUGUUGAAAAAUGUUUAAGAACGAAUCUUAUGCUCAUGAUACUACCAUGCAAUACAAAAACGCAACUCCCUUGCAUUCAAUCCACACGAUGAAAAUGAUUCAAUUUUUGGUACAACCGAUCACUAAUCAAAAUAAUCAAACAAACCAAUCAGCUCAUAUGAACUGUUAAGCAAUUGAUACAAAAUUUAAUUGAAUUUUACCCAUCGAUACUUCCACAAAAGCUUCUUCGACCGUGUAUGCUAAUUUGACCUAAACAUUGAAGCUCAUCACUCAGUUAAUAAUUUUCAUCACCAUAU